AGUUUAAAACGUGGUCGUGGACUUAACUAAUUCACGUUUACAGCCUUCUGAUAAAGACAGUCUUUGUGGAGAUGUAAAUGGAUGGAAAAAGACGGCCAGAUUUCGUCUAACCGAUGGCGGCCAUCCAUUACCUCCAGUGGUGACCCGAACGUGAUUCGACGUGAAUUCGAACACCAAAGAAAGAACAAGACCUUUACUAGUACUGCAUUGUGUUCCCUCAGUGGAUAAUACGGAAUAAAUUCCGCGACUACGAUAGACGACGCUCUUUGGAUAGGUGAACCGCUCGCCACUCCUAACCGGCGAAAUUGUCCCCACAUUUGUGUGUCUGCAACCUCUUGCCAGAAUAAGUCAUCUAACACGGGUAAGUGGAGUUUCUGUUCCAUAUUUUUUUGCUGUUCUGCUGAGUAGGUAUCCCCUGGUUGCCUUAAAAUGCCAAACGAAAUCGAUCUUAAGCCAGAAAUCAGUCGGGUAGCUCUUAAACUUCCCCAAUUUUGGGAUAAAGAAGCCGAUUUAUGGUUUAUUAAUAUUGAGGCCCAGUUUAAACUCGCCGAUAUAUCGCAAGAUACUACUAAGUAUUACGCAGUGGUUUCAGCUCUCAACUCGGAAGUGUUAGCGUACGUGAGCGAUAUCGUUAAAAACCCUCCUAGGGAAAAUUUAUAUCAAACACUAAAAGAUCGACUCAUAGCAGAAUUUUCCGAUUCCGAACAAAAACGAGUGAAAGAUUUGCUGUCUAAUGCCGUGUUAGGAGAUGAUAAACCAUCUCAUCUUUUACGCAAAAUGCGACAACUAGCUAGUAAUAAAGUCGGGGAGGAAUUUUUAAGAACGCUAUGGAUUCAGCGUUUACCCAAAGAAACUCAGGCAAUUCUUUCUGUUUCCGAUGGGGAUUUAGACAAAUUAGCCCAAAUGGCCGAUAAAAUUCUCGAGUUCACACCUUUGCAAAUAGCCGAAACUAAUUUAGCAAAUAACGAAAAUAAUACACACGCGGCCAUAAUGAAGCUCCAAACGCAGGUCGCUGAAUUAACAGAGCAAGUUAAUCGCCUGGCAAGGCCCAGCGACAGACAAUCACGCGAUUAUAGACACCCGCGGAAUCGAUCUCGGAAUCGUCGGCGUUCGCAGAAACCUGUUCGAUUCCAGGCAAAAGACCUAUGCUGGUAUCACGCGAAGUUUGGUGCUCAAGCAAAUAAAUGUAAGGCCCCUUGUAAAUUCCGAGUUCAGGGAAACUAGCUCGGAAAUCACACGUGGCGCAAUGUGAUUUCCAAAUUAACAACACAAGCCGCCUAUUCGUUUACGAUCCAACCUCACGUUGUCACUACCUAAUCGACAGUGGUAGCGACAUUUGCGUUCUACCAUAUAACGCCGCCAUGGCAUUAAGAGCACCCGCCUC